AUGCCAGAACUCACUCUAUAUUGCCCCGAUGAACUAUUGCGUUGGCAAGAAAAUGUCACUAAUGAUACAACUUCAAUUAUCGUGCAUGAAUCAUGCAAAAUCCUUGGAAGCAAUUCAUUAAAUUAUCCAAAUUUAGAAUCUGUAACACUUCCUGAUACACUCGAAAGGAUUGAAGAUGAUCCAUUCACAAAUGUGCCGCUGAAAAGUCUUUUCAUCCCUAGAGAUGUUAACUACAUGAAUGAAGCAAAUCCAUUUAAUCUUCUCCCUUUCUUAGAAAGAAUUGACGUAGAUGAAAAUAAUCAAUACUUCGCCUCCAUUGAUGGAGUAUUGUAUGACAAAGGCAUCACGAAAUUGAUUGAAUAUCCUUCAAAUAAUCAUCAAAAAACCUUUAUCGUUCCAAAAAGUGUCAAAUCCUUUGGAAUUUACUCAUUCUCAAGACAUAAAACAAUUGAAACAGUUGUAUUGCAAGCAUCACUUUCGUUGAUUGAUAAGCGCAGUUUCGGUUAUGUUGAGAAUGUAACAAUAAUGCUCCCACAUCGAACAAAAAUAAAUAAAAUAUACAACACCACAACUUAUCCUUGCAACUUAUAUGACUCUUCUUUCAUCUAUUACUACUAUAAAAUGGAGUCAAAAGAAGUAUGUCUCUUCUCUUUUGGCUUGAAAUCUUUUUUGAUGUCAUAUAUUUAUGUUUUUAUAUUGCAAUAA